GAUGCACACUGUCCACUUUCUCACUUUCUUUGCAUAUCCCCCAAACCACAAAUCACAUUUCUUUCCCUUUGAUUUCCCAACAGACCUUCAAGUUAGGGUUUUCGUCAUUUCAAUCGCGCUGCUGAUGCUUCUCCAUCGACGUUUUCUCAAGGAAAAAUCUUCAAUUUCCGAGGUCUCUGUAUAGAAUUUCAUUUAAUCGAGUUUGAUUCUUGUGGAAUAUUGGGAUCUGUUUUUGCUCUGGUGUUUUCUGAUGGAUGACACUGGGGAAGAUUCUAAGUAUCCGCCGAAUUAUGGAUUGAAUCAAGGUUAUGGGUCAUCGCAGCACCCUAAGGCGUCGGUUCAUAAUGUACCUUACGUGCAGUCUCAGCAGAUCGUUAAGUAUGUUGACGAAGAUGAUGAUGAAGUAGAAGAAGAUGAUGAAGAAGAAGAAGAACAGGAACAAGAAGAAAGAAAUGCUGGUGAUGAUGAAAUGAAUGGUGCUAUCCAGAAGAAUGGUGAUGAUGAUAAUGAUAAUGAUAAUCAAUAUGAUGAUAUUAACAUGAAUGAUGAUGAUGAUGGUGAAAAUCAUAAUGGGAGAAACGACACUGUCAGUCUUCAGAGGCAUCCAAAGAAGAGGAAGUUGAAGAGCUUGUUAUCAAGUUAUGAAUUUGCACCUCGAGUGCCACCUCCAACAAUGGCUCCAACUUCCACAGCAAAACCUUCAUUUGGCGGAAGAAAUACACUUACCGACUGGAGUGAACACGAGACUUUUGUGCUGCUAGAAGCUUGGGGAGAUAGGUUUCUUCAAUGUGGAAGAAAGAGCCUCCGGUCUGAAGAAUGGCAAGAAGUUGCAGACAGAGUCUCUCAGGACUCAAAGAUAGAAAGGACAGAUUCUCAAUGUAGAAACCGUUUGGAUACAUUGAAGAAGAAGUACAAGAAGGAGAAAGCUAAUUUAGAGCGAAGCAGAAGUGUAAAUACUAAAUGGGUAUAUUUUAAGAAGAUGGAUAUGUUAUUAUCGUCAAAUCCCCAUCAGACAGGCCUUUCACGUGGAGUCGAUUCAGGGGAGAAUGCCUUCUUGAACCCCAGUGCAAAUGGAGUGGAUGAGAUGAGGGAUAGUGCUGGUAAUUCAGAUUCUCAGGAUGAUGAUGAUGAUGAUUCGGAUUUGGUUCCACCCAAAAAAUCAAAGUCCAAAGCAGAUAGAAGUGGUGGAGUUUCAUUCAAAUUGCUUGCAGAUUCUAUUAAUAAAUUCAGUGAGAUAUAUGAGAAGAUUGAAAAUAGCAAGAUACAGCAGAUGAUAGAGCUGGAGAAAAUGAGGAUGGAUUUCCAUAGGGACUUGGAACUGCAAAAAAGACAGAUACUUGAUAGAGUGCAAGCCGAGAUUACAAAAGCACGACAAGGAGAUUAUGAAGACAAUGAUGUUUCUGCUGAAAACAUUGGCGGGUGAUGUAUCUUUUAACCAGAUUUUAUUCAUAAACCUUCUUAUUAGCAUAUUAACUUGUUGUGUAAUAUCUGGGAUGCAACUUCUGUUGGGAUUCUAAUUCUAUACCCAAUAAGUUAAUUAAUGUAUUUUAGUUGGUAUAGAAGUAAAUCCUUGUCAUCUGCUUAUUUUGCUAUUCAUCAUCAUUUUAGUUGCUA